AUGUCCACAAGGAUGGCAAAGUUCGCGAUUGAUAACAAUAUCCUUCUAGUCCUCUUUGGAAUUUAUGGUCUGCGACAGCUUCAACAGAAGCAGCAAGCUGGUUUCCGCUCGAUCUCAUAUUUGGGUUUGAUCGGGGUGGGCGUUUGCUCGGCCGGUUAUCACAUGACCCUCAAAUAUCACACCCAAAUGUCGGAUGAGCUACCAAUGCAUCUUCUGACAACGCCACUUCUGUAUCGAAUUCUGACCUUCAAGGCUAGCCCGGAGCGAACCAGACUCGUGGGGAUUGUCCUCUCCGCGCUGUUCACUAUCGUUAUGGUCGUACACAUGGUCAUGGACGAAUUCCUUCUUCACGCGGCUAGCUUUGGGCUUGCGGUUUAUAUGAUCGCGACGCGUACGUCGAAGAUCAUCUCACAACAAGUUCCCAAUCCUUACCUGAGGAAAAAGCUUCGGAAUAUCUCAUUCUUUGGUAUCUUCUGCUUUGGCUUGGGCUAUUUUGUGUGGCUCAUUGACGAUUGGGCAUGUGGAUUCCUUAUCAAAACUCGACACGCGGUCGGUCUGCCUCUGGCAUUCUUGACUGAACUUCAUGGAUGGUGGCAUGUUCUCACUGCUAUUGGUGGCUACGUCGCCGUUGUACUCGUGGACCUAGUGACCAUGGGUGAGGUCCAUGAAGACCCUACCGAACAGCUUGCAUGGCCUAUUCCACCUGCAGCAAGGUUUAUUGAGUCAUUGACAGGGUCUGCAAAGCAGAAAUAA